AUGGGAUCUCCCCAGAUCUGUGGCGUCGCCCUCAUCCUGCUCCUCACGGCGGCCAUCUCUACCGCCGCCAGCUCCUCGCCGGCAUUGCCCUCCAAAAAGGCCACCUUCAAGCCCACAUUGUCCACCUCCGCGACAGCCACCGGCGGGGGCGGCGGCGGCGGCGGAGGGAUCAACUCCAACUCGGUUCUGGUGGCGCUGUUGGACUCGCAGUACACGGAGCUGGCGGAGCUGGUGGAGAAGGCCCUCCUCCUCCCAACCCUAGAAGACGCCGUCGGCCGCCACAACCUCACCAUCCUUGCCCCCCGCAACGAGGCCAUGGAGAGGGAGCUCGACACCGAGUUCCGCAGGUUCCUCCUCGAACCAGGCAACCUCCCCUCCCUCCAGACCCUCCUCCUCUCCCAUGUCCUUCCCUCCCGCAUCCUCUCCUCUUCAUGGCCCCUCUCCUCCUCCGGCCACCGCCACCGCUCCCUCAACCCCUCCCACCACCUUCUCCUCCGCUCCGACCAGUCGCCGGCGACGGAGAGGAAGACGAAGCAGCAGCAGCAGCAGCUGCAGCUGCAGGUGGAUCUGGCGGCGCUUGUCCAUCCUGACGCCGUCGUCCGCCCCGACGGCGUCAUCCACGGUAUCGACCGCCUCCUCGUCCCCCGCUCCGUGCAGGAAGACUUCAACCGCCGCCGUAGCCUCUCCGCCAUCGCCGCCGUGAUCCCCGAGGGCGCCCCUGAAGUUGACCCCCGCACCCACCGCCUGAAGCACCCGGCACCGUCGGUCCCCGCCGGAGCCCCGCCGGCGCUGCCCAUCGCCGACGCGCUGGCCCCCGGCCCGGCGCUGGCCCCGGCACCUGCGCCGGGCCCCGGCGGCCCCCGCGGCCACUUCCACGGAAUGCGCCAGGUGAAGGACUUCAUCCACACGCUCCUCCAGUACGGCGGCUACAACGAGAUGGCCGAUAUACUCGUGAAUCUCACCUCGCUGGCGACGGAGAUGGGGCGGCUGGUCUCAGAGGGGUACGUUAUCACCGUGCUGGCCCCCAACGACGCGGCCAUGGCGAAGCUCACCGCCGAUCAGCUGAGCGAACCAGGCGCGCCGGAGCAGAUCAUGUACUACCAUCUCAUCCCCGAGUACCAGACGGAGGAGAGCAUGUACAACGCGGUGCGCCGAUUUGGGAAGGUCCGCUACGACACGCUGCGGUUCCCUCACAAGGUGGUGGCCAGGGAGGCGGACGGCUCCGUGAAGUUCGGCCAUGGCGAGGGCUCUGCGUACCUGUUCGACCCGGAUAUCUACACCGAUGGGCGGAUCUCCGUGCAGGGCAUCGACGCUGUUCUCUUCCCACCAGACGAGGUCCCCUCCUCCACCGUCUCGCCGGCCGUCAAGAAGGCGCCGCCCGCCAAGGCCGCCGCCGGCCCCCGGAGAGGUCAGUACUGCCCUCUGCAACAACUUUUUCUUCUUCUUCUUCUUCUUCUUCUUCCUCCGCCGCCGCCGGCGCUUGCCGGAGCUGGGUAGGUAUGGCCGCCGGCGAGAUCGCCGACGGUGAAGCUAACCUGGGCGGUUGGCGAAUCACUUUUUUUGCUUUUAUUUUUUGUUUUUUUUGGCGUGCCGGUGGGGAAAAGGAACCCUUUUUCUUUUUUUCGUCUCCAAACCGGGAUUUUUUUCCUAUUUGUUCCCCAAGUUAUCCAACCGACGGCCAUUUUCUCUCGAUUACAUUGUAUUAAACAGGCUUUAUUUUUAUUGUUUUCUCCACCGGGGAUGCGUCGGUGUCCGCAUGGGCUGGCUCCCGGCUGGUUGCCUUCGUCGUCGUCUUCCUCCGCCCGCUUCGCUGGCUUUCACGGCGGCGGCGGUGGGGUCGCCGUCGGUCGCCGCCGUGUUCUUCCUCUACUAGGGCAUCUGGGCUGACGUGAAUGUCGAUGAGCAGGGAGGUUGAUGGAGGCGGCCUGCGGAGUCUUGGGGGCGCUGGGCCAGCGGUCUCGCUACGCCACCUGCCAGUGA